AUGAACGGCCAUACGCAAGACGCUUCAACUAACACAAGCUUUAAACCUUUUCUGCUCUCUGGGGAGGUGGUGCACGGCCAUGGUCGUGGUGGGACGAAACUUGGGUUUCCCACAGCCAACUUGAGGCUCAAUGACAAUGUGAUUCAGCAGCUGCAGGCGUACAAAAACCUUGUCUUGUAUGGGUGGGGAAGUGUGGUUGCGGUUCCAGGCAAGGAGGCAGGCGGUGAGGGCCCAUAUCCAUUUGCCAUGUCAAUUGGCUACAACCCCCAUUUCAAGGACGUGAAUCUCUCGGCGGAGGUGUAUUUUAUGCACGAAUUCGCAGAGGAUUUCUACGGUGCCGUCGUGAAGAUCGUCGUCUUGGGAGUUAUUCGUGAGAUGGGGGCCUUUGUCUCCCUGGAGGCGCUUGUGGAUGCCAUUAAGAACGACAUAAUCUUUACAAGGGGGGUGCUUCAAAAACCAGGGCUUGCGCAGCUGAAGCAACACCCAUUCUUGUCUCUAUCCCUCUCACCAACAGAGGCGCUGCCUCACUUCGAGACGAUAGUGGUUUGA